CACACGCACAUACCCUCACAUCCUCGGGCCGUUUUCACGUUUUUCCCGGAGAAGUCAGAAGUUCGAGGGAGCGCGGGCGGGGAGAGCCGCCUGGGAGCCCGAAGCCGGCCCGACCCCCCCGACCCCCUCCCCCGACAGCCUCCCGGGCCGCCCCCAGUCGUUGGGGCCCCCAGAGGCCGGCCCAGGGUCUGCGCCGACUUGUGCUGCUGGCGGGGGUUUCGCUCCUUCUUCUCCAAGAUGAAAGCAGGCACGGUCGUCUUUGCCGCUUCUCCAGGACUGUUGCCGCCGCCGCUCCUUCAUUGCACAUUCAAGUGGAAAAUUUUCAGGAGUCAGCAGAAACAUUGUGUCCAAAAAAGACUGAGUCGCAGUUACCACCAAACCCUGGAGGAGACUCUCCCUGGAAAACUUCCCUUCGGUUUAUUUUCUUGAAAAGGCUCCAGGCUUCGGCUUGGAAAACCCAACCGCCAAAAUUGAGCCCAGCAGCUGGAGCGGCAGCGAGAGCCCUGCCGAAAACAUGGAAAGGAUGAGUGACUCCGCAGAUAAGCCAAUUGACAACGAUGCGGAAGGGGUCUGGAGUCCUGACAUUGAGCAGAGCUUUCAGGAAGCCUUGGCUAUCUAUCCACCCUGUGGGAGGAGGAAAAUCAUCUUAUCAGACGAAGGCAAGAUGUAUGGUAGGAAUGAAUUGAUAGCCAGAUACAUCAAACUCAGGACAGGGAAGACGAGGACCAGAAAACAGGUGUCUAGUCAUAUACAGGUCUUAGCAAGAAAGAAAGUUCGAGAAAUUCAAGCCGCCAUUAAGGUGUCUAGUCACAUUCAGGUUCUUGCCAGAAGGAAAUCUCGUGAUUUUCAUUCCAAGCUAAAGGUGACAAGCAUGGAUCAGACUGCCAAGGAUAAGGCCCUUCAGCACAUGGCCGCCAUGUCCUCAGCCCAGAUCGUCUCGGCCACUGCCAUUCACAACAAGCUGGGGCUGCCUGGGAUUCCACGCCCCACCUUCCCAGGGGCACCGGGGUUCUGGCCGGGAAUGAUACAAACAGGGCAGCCAGGAUCCUCGCAAGAUGUCAAGCCCUUCGUGCAGCAGGCCUACCCCAUCCAGCCAGCAGUCUCAGCCCCCAUUCCAGGGUUUGAGCCUGCAUCAGCCCCAGCUCCCUCAGUCCCUGCCUGGCAGGGUCGCUCCAUUGGCACAACCAAACUUCGCCUGGUGGAAUUCUCCGCUUUCCUCGAACCACAGCGAGACCCAGACUCGUACAACAAACACCUCUUCGUGCACAUUGGGCAUGCCAACCAUUCUUACAGCGACCCAUUGCUCGAAUCAGUGGACAUUCGUCAGAUUUAUGACAAAUUUCCUGAAAAGAAAGGUGGCUUAAAGGAACUGUUUGGCAAGGGCCCUCAAAAUGCCUUCUUCCUCGUCAAAUUCUGGGCCGAUUUAAACUGCAAUAUUCAAGAUGAUGCCGGAGCUUUUUACUGUGUAACCAGUCAGUAUGAGAGUUCUGAAAACAUGACAGUCACCUGUUCCACCAAAGUUUGCUCCUUUGGGAAGCAAGUAGUAGAAAAAGUAGAGACGGAGUAUGCAAGGUUUGAGAAUGGCCGAUUUGUAUACCGAAUAAACCGCUCCCCGAUGUGUGAAUAUAUGAUCAACUUCAUCCACAAGCUCAAACACUUACCAGAGAAAUAUAUGAUGAAUAGUGUUUUGGAAAACUUCACAAUUUUAUUGGUGGUUACAAACAGGGAUACACAAGAAACUCUCCUCUGCAUGGCCUGUGUAUUUGAAGUUUCAAAUAGUGAACAUGGAGCACAGCAUCAUAUUUACAGGCUUGUAAAGGACUGAACAUGGUUAUUUAUAUAUAUAGAUAUCUGUAUAUACACACACACACAUAUGUGCACACACACACACUCUCCAUUUUCGAACGACUGACUGUAAACCUCCCCAUGCAGGGGUGGUGCCCUGGCCCUGCGGUCACCCUACUUUUCUAAGUCCUGUUUGAGUGAAGUCAUUUUUCCAUGUGUUCAUACUAUCAUCGUAGCUGUGAAGUUCUGGUACAGUUGUAAAAAGAGAAAUCGAGUUGUUCCUCUGUGUCCCUCAGAUCUGCAGCCCACAGUUCCUCGGGAAAGGUGAACCCUAGAACCCGUCUCUGCCCACAGAGGCCUAUUUCUAAUUGUGGUAAAAAAUAUUCAGACAGAGCAUUUGCCGUGGGACAUUUACAGCCUUUAUACAAAUGUAUUUAGUUCUUUCUUUUUUUUCCAACAUAAAAUUCUUGUUUUAAGAUACAAGUAAAAUUAAUCUUUAAAUAUAAAUGUAAAUUUAGUAUACAACACUAAGAAUCUUUAGACUUAUCUUUGUAACUAAUUAGGGUGGAAGUUAUGAAAGAAUGUAAUUCACUAAAUUAUUUUUUAAAUGAAACUUUUAUUUCAUUUUGAAACCAAAUGUUAAAAUAAUAGCCUUAAGAAAUGCUUGGUAGAAAUAUCCUAAUGAGAAAAAUUUGUACUUUUUUCACAAGGUUAAAACUAAUCUCCUAAUCCAUUAAACGCUUGAACAGGUAUUACAAAGGAAGAAAACUUCACCCCUUAUCCUUAACAUAUAUAGUAUAUUUAAAAAUAUAAAAUUGUAUUGUUACUAAUGUGAUGAUUGAUUAUUUAAUGAAAAAGAAAAGAUGGCUCUUUUUGCAAUAAGUAGAUAAAUAUUGAAAAUCUAAA